AAGCUGUUCAUGGGAAACGGUUCCCGGUAUGACAUUUCAACUAUUGUCGACUCCGAUUUCCAUCUUGAUCGGCAGGCCUAUUCAAUCAACGGGCCUGUGCAUCUCAGCACAUUCUUUGCAAUGACAUAUGGCCUUGGAUUUGCAGCACUUGCUGCUACCAUUGUGCAUGUUCUCCUCUUUCAUGGGAGGGAAAUAUGGAAUCAAAGUAAAAUGGCCUUUGGAAACAGUAAAAAAAUAGACAUACACACAAGACUCAUGAGAAGAUACAAAUCAGUUCCAAUGUGGUGGUUUUACAUCAUUCUAGUAGUGAACAUCGCUCUUAUUAUAUUUAUUUGUGAGCACUACAAGGAAUCACUCCAGUUGCCUUGGUGGGGUGUGUUGCUAGCUUGCGCAAUUUCCAUUUUCUUUACUCUUCCAAUCGGAAUAAUAAAUGCGACAACAAAUCAGCAACCCGGUUUAAACAUCAUAACAGAAUACAUAAUUGGUUACAUGUAUCCAGAGCGCCCUGUGGCUAACAUGUGCUUUAAGGUGUAUGGCUACAUCAGCAUGACUCAAGCACUAACCUUUUUGCAAGACUUCAAACUUGGACACUAUAUGAAGAUUCCUCCAAGAACAAUGUUCAUGGCACAGGUUGUAGGAACAGUGUUAUCAGUAUUUAUAUACACAAUAACAGCAUGGUGGUUGAUGAGAACGAUCCCUAACCUUUGUGACACCAACAUGUUGCCUCCUGAUAGCCCUUGGACUUGCCCAAUGGACAAUGUGUUCUUUGAUGCAUCAGUUAUAUGGGGUCUUCUUGGACCACGAAGAAUCUUUGGAGACCUUGGUGAAUAUUCCAAAGUGAAUUUCUUCUUCCUUGGUGGAGCUAUUGCUCCCUUUCUGGUUUGGCUUGCUCACAAGGCUUUUCCUGGGCAAAAUUGGAUAACUCUAAUUCACAUGCCCGUGUUGUUGAGUGCCACAUCAAUAAUGCCCCCUGCAACAGCUGUCAACUUCACUAGUUGGAUACUGCUUGCAUUUCUCUCAGGGUUCGUUGUAUAUAGAUAUAGACAACAAUGGUGGAAACGCUGCAAUUAUGUACUGUCUGGUGGUCUUGAUGCUGGAACUGCCUUUAUGACAAUCUUACUGUUUCUUGCUUUGAACAACAACAACAUUUCACUUAACUGGUGGGGAAAUAAUCUUGAAGGCUGCCCCUUGGCUACUUGUCCCACUGAGAAAGGCAUUGUCGUUAAAGGUUGUCCCAUUCACUGAUUAUUAUUGUAUGAUAGUGCAAGCAAUAUACUCUGAUAAUAGCAGCCACCUUUCAACAAACUAUUUUUUUUGGUUAAAAUUUGUUAAAAACUACAAAGUUAGAGGUGGAAAUCUUAGAUUUUAUUGUUUGGCUAUCUUGAGUUGGUGGAAAUCUUAUACAUGUGAAACUUAUUUGUCAGGAUAAUUUGAUGGAAACU